GCCGUCUGCCCAUGCCCUGGUCAAGACGAAGGUCCUAUGUAUGACGCCGUCCUAUCUAUGGCAGUAAACAAUAAACAAAGAUUACUAUUUGACUGUUUCUAGAUUUUUCCCUGUUACUAAACUGCUCACGGUUGGUAUAUAUCUCGGAGCUCUCCGGACUCAUGCAACAUCUGAUCCUGCUUCCUCGUCCGACACUCACUGACCUGAGAUCUGUCAAGUGUUCGAAGCCUAGACUCCCUCAAACUGAACGGAACUUCUACUCUUUUCGACAAAUCAAUCGAUGUCGAUCAGAAUGACCUCUGCAUUGCUCGCCAGCGUCUUCCUCUUGCUGGCUUCUACGAUUACAGUCUCAGGACAGGGCGAGCCCCAGAUCAUCUGCCAUACUCAAGGAGGACGGAGUCCCCUCGUGAGGGACGCGAGGACUCUCGUCGAUGUUCUCCAAGUUCUGACUGUCGAUGCGAUUCCGGAUCAGAGAGAGAGAAACAUCUGCUGUCCACAAUUUUGGGGACCCAAACAAUGCUUUGACGUUCUGAGCCGAGAUUCCACAACGAUCAAGAUCUGUGCGAGCGGAGGUUGCUUGGCUUGCAAUGAAGUUGGCGAAUAUCUGAGCCAGGUCCUGGCCAAGUGCAUUGUCAGUGUGAAUGGACAGGAUUAUGUAGAGGGCCAGAUCUUCUUGAACCCUGAGAGUCUGGUCAACCAUACCUAUUUGUAUAUCACGAGCAACAACUGCACAGCUUCUAACGGAGCUCUCUCCGCUUGAGACUAGGGAGCGGGUCCCUGUCUCUCGUCGUUCCAUCGCGAUCACUCCGCAUCCAUAGAGCUUCGAGCUACAGACCGUGAUCCUUGACGCUCCCUCCAUAGCAGCUGAUGGUCUUUCUCCUUGCCAGUCGAGGUGCAGGGCCAUUGGGGCGUAGUGUUCAUACAUAGUAAUAAGUUGCAAGUUCAGACUCCGCUCUUCGAGCGUGCUAGAGCUCAUAAGCACAUCAGCAGAGACCUGCUGUACGUACUCUCUCCGCUACAUAAACGGGAGUGGUGGUUUUCUCCCAGGCUGCGCCGAGCCUGUUGAACCAUUGAAAACACCUGCACCUGAAAUAGUGGCGUCAGUAUUAUGACCAACCAUUUCAUCAAUCUCAAGAUUGAUCUUCAGCAUAUGGAAAUGUAAGUUCAAAUUUAACAGAUCAGAUUUUUAAUGAUUGUAAGUGA